UCAAAUUUUCUCCUCCGUCUCCGAGCCUCUUUCCCAUCCCACCACCUCGAUUUUCCUUCUUCUUCUUCGCUUUCUCCUCUCAGAAAAGGGUCUUCAGUUCCCCUCCUCAGACCCUCACGACCUAUUCUUUCUCCCUCUGAUGCAUGUGGUAUUUAUGGUUGGACUUGGGUUUCUGAUCUCAGGGAGGAACGAAGGAUGGUGAUGGAGAUGGACAACGGGAGGGGAGGGUGAAGGCGGCAGAGGCCACCAACGACACAUGCAUGGCCACGAUCAGCAGGAGCAGAUCCGGAUCUCUCCUCCUGGGGCGAGGACAAGUGAAUGAAGAGAAUUGAAAGGAGAAGAAUCCAGGAGCAGCGAGCAAGAGGUUGAAAUGAGAGGUGACGGAGCAAGAGGGUAGGACCGUAGGAGAGCGGCGGCCGUAGGAGAGCUUUCCUACUGCAUGUUUCUUUCUUUAUUUUACUAGGGUUAGCAAAGAGUGUGGGUUGUGUGUGGGUGAGAUGUUUGGGCCGAGGCCCAGUUGAGGUGAGGCUAUAAGACAUGAGGGUGAG